CCGAAGCGGCAAGUUAACACCUUCAUCCAGGCCAGCGACAACACGCAGGCGAGCAUGAAGAAUUCGAACAGCGUUUACAAAUACGUGCUCGUUGGGCAGGAACUUUCUGAGAAGCUCCGUGGUCAGAGGAUGCGUCGGUGCGUGUUCUGCAGGAAUGAGUGGCAGGGGAAUAGGCAUGGGGCGGCGCGGCAUUUUCGUAGCGUGAAGGGAUGUUCACAGGUGACCAAUGAAGCUCUUAUGGAUAUGCAUUACACGAGCGGUUACGCGUUUGAGGGAGGGUGGUUGGAGCGGAUCCGCAAGUACGAGGAGCUUCACGGUCCUUGGGUGGACGAGAGGAGGACUGGCGGGGGUCUGGCUCAGGUGAGGGUGGCGUCCAACGCCCCAGUUGGGGCACGACAACAGGGCAAUGACGUCAUUGAUUUGGAUGGCGAGGGAGAGGAUUGUGGGGCCGGGGGGGUCGAGGGGGAGGUCGAGGCUCUAUACUCGCAGGGGCCAGACAAGUUGCCCGAUGGUGAGGGUUGUUCGAAUUUAGGGAAGAGGAAGGGUGUUGUUGGUGCGACGCUGCAACAGGGGAAGAAGAUGAGGCAGUCGGCGAUAAAAGAGGUGUUCGGGUUUGACUGGGUUGCCCAACACAGGAAGCUGUGGUUGCGCUUCGUGUACAACAACCAGUUUCCCUUCAACAUCUUUCGGAGCCCCACAUGGAAGGCGAGAGAGUCUCAGAGUCGCCAUCUCGGGUUGUUGUACACUUGUGAGACUCGCUUCGCUUCUGUGUACGCGAUGCUAGAGCGGUUGGAUGUUGUACGGCGUCCUUUGGAGCGCAUGCUGGAUGGGACAGACUGGUGCAGGGAGCCUUGGGCGACUACAUCGAUCAGGCAGCAUGCGCGGUGGGUGCGGUGGCAGAUCCGGCAUGGCAGUUGGUGGGACUCCAUGGACAUCCUGCGUGCCGUCAUGAAGCCGGCUUACGAUCUGCUGCGCAAGAUGGAUCGUGGAGGGUUAUGCAUGUUUCGAGUGGUCGAGUGGGCGGGGCGGUUGGCGACGAAGGUGGAGGCAGCUGUUGCACCGCUAGAGGAUGGAUUGGUGGAUCAAAUUUUCAGGUGUAUGCAGGAGCGCGUCGCUCAUAUAUGUGAGCAUGCGCAUGCUACGGCGUACCUCCUUUGUCCGAUGAGGAGGUCGAUGCAGUAUUACAGCAGUGUCGUGAUGGAGGAGGACAGACGACUUGUGAGGGAGGCAGAGCGGUACAUUCUGUCGCAGACCGGGUUUGACGAGCGGCGGAAGGAGUACCGAGACGCUGUGAUGCAGUUGCGAGACUUUCAUAUGCACACAUUGACUUGCGCAUGGGGAGGGGAGCAAGCACGCGCCGCAACGGAGAUGUGUGUUGGGGAGUAGGAGACCGUUGAGAGUGGUCUUUGGUGGUCACAAUAUGGCGGCUGUGCUCCGGAGCUUCAACGU